AUGUCCCUCCUGUUCGGCUCCCUCAAAAGGUCUGCACGAUAUAGCAACGCCCCAGGCUCGCUACCUAUCCUCUCCGUCGACUGGCCCACCUUCACUAAGCUACCUACACCUUCGACUUCGCCUAUCAUGAUGUGCACGACAACCUUCAACCCGCUGGUUCAAGGCUGGAGAUGGCCGUACGGCGUCGAGCCUACCCCAGUCGUUUACGGGGCCCUUCCCAGUUCCAUGCAGCCCGCGCCAAAAGCACAAGUCUCUCCUCGCGACGCUAUCGUCUUUCACCUAUCGCAUUACCGUCCAGACGUCCUGAACUGUCUCGUAUCGGACGCCCAUGGACGAAAACACCUGCGAAUCUCGACAAACGAUUCAGAAGGCAGUCCCACUGUUUGGCGAGACGUCACAAGCCAGCGUGCAGUUGCGCUCGUCGAUUGGUCUCAAAGGCCUUCUGCGAUGAUUGAAAUCCCGGGACUUCUCGGCAGAACCGCAGUGCAAGACUGGAUACCCCUGUGCGAUGACCACACAACCAGGUACAUGGAACUCCGAGGCGUGCACUACUCGUGGGUGCCGGUGGGCGAGUUUAUUUGCCUUUAUCGCACGGGAGACGCUAGAACAUCAGCCAUCGCACGCGUGUCCCGCGCAUCCAACGGCGCAACCCUGGAGCUCUCGCGACAGGCCCUCCUAGCUGAAGCAAGCCUCUUCGAGCUAUCUGUCGUCGCAGCAACGCUGUUCCUCUCUGGUCAACGAUUUGACUGA